AUGGGGCUCUUUCGCGGACGCGGCAAGAAAGAAGGAGGUGAUACCAACGAUGCCGAAACCGGCCAGACCCCGAAGUGGAGCAUGGGUGUGCUUAAUGACAAGAAUACUGUCGAGGUGCCCGGAUCCGUUCUUCUUCUAGCCAAAGACAGGAAUGAGCCGCUUGGCCUACGUCACGCUCCCGCGAGAACUUCACAGUCCUCUCUGCCCACCGGAGCGCCCUUUAGCCGCCCAGGCACGCCCCGCCGCGUCAGCUCGAGCAGGGCCGUGACGAUUUCUCACGAGGCGAAGAAGAAGACCCGCGAUGGCAAGAUUAUCCUCGACCCGCAGCCCGAGGAUUCGGCAAACGACCCGCUUAACUGGCCCACUUGGAAAAGGGAUACCGCGCUUCUCUCCCUAGGCUUUUAUUGCAUGGUCGGUGGUGGCAUAACCCCCAUCCUCGCCGCGGGCUUCGCCGACGUUGGACACGACUACGACGUCGAGGUCGAGCAAGUAGCACUGACCACCGGUCUCUACAUGCUGGGCCUCGGGUUCGGCUCCGUCAUCGCAUCCCCAACCGCCAUCUUAUACGGUAAACGGCCCGUGUACCUCGUGAGCGCCUUCAUCUUCAUCGCGUCCUGUGUCUGGUGCGCCCUCUCCCCUUCCUUUGGCUCUCUGAUCGCCGCGCGAAUCCUCCAGGGAAUUGCCGUGAGCCCUGUGGAAUGUCUGCCUUCCGCCACCAUUGCCGAGAUCUUCUUCCUCCACGAGCGAGCUUUUCGCAUCGGCAUCUAUACCCUACUUCUCCUCGGCGGCAAAAACCUCGUUCCCCUCAUCUCCGCGCUCAUCAUUCAGAGCCUCGGUUGGAGAUGGGUAUUUUGUGGCCUCCCCGACGAACGCACCACCGAUGCCGAGGAUGCUACGACGGCCGCUAGUAAUCUGAAAGGCGAAACGGGAGCAGCCGACGAUUCUAAACCCGAGGCUUCUCAGAGGCCCACCCAGGUCAACUUCGCCGUCGACAGGAAAAGCUCCGAUAGUGCUCGCUCGGCAAGCUUCGCUCGUGGCUGCAGCUACCUCCAAGAUCCUCGACUCGGAUUCGGGGCGCUCGACAGCCGCCACCCCGACCUUGAGCGAUCAUCUCAGCCUAUCGGCGGCCAGCACUACACCCACAACCUCCGAGAGAUGCCGGCCCUGACUUUUUCGCAGCAGCUUCGGCCUUACAACGGACGACUGAGCGAAGACUCGUGGUUCAAAGUCAUGCUGCGGCCCUUUGUCUUGUUUUCGUACCCCGCCAUCCUGUGGUCCGCUGCCGUGUAUGCCUGCUCCGUGGGAUGGCUCAUCGUCAUCUCCGAGUCCAUGGCCAUGAUCUACCAGAACCGAGACUCGUAUCACUUCGACGCCCUUCAAACCGGCCUUGUCUACAUCUCUCCCUUUGUCGGCGGUCUCCUAGGAACAGCCGUGGCCGGGAAAGUCUCUGAUAUUAUUGUCAAGGCCAUGGCGAGCCGUAACGGUGGACUCUAUGAGCCGGAAUUCCGUCUCGUGAUGGGCAUCCCAAUCACCAUCACCACCGUCAUCGGCCUGAUGGGAUUCGGCUGGUCGGCGCAGGAGCGGAAUCACUGGAUAGUCCCCACCGUCUUUUUCGGAGUUAUUUCCUUUGGCUGCUCCCUCGGGUCGACCACCUCUAUCACGUUCUGCGUCGAUAGCUAUCGCCAAUACGCGGGAGAAGCCCUCGUCACCCUCAACUUCUCCAAAAACGUCCUCCACGGUUUCAUCUUCAGCUUGUUCUUCACCCACUGGCUCUCUAGCGACGGAUCGAGAAUGGUAUUUAUCUGGACGGGUGUGAUCCAGCUGAUUCUGAUGCUGACGACCAUUCCGCUCUACAUUUAUGGGAAGCGACUCCGGAUGUGGACCGUCCGGAAGAACUUGCUGGAGAAGCUCCUUCACUCCUAG